ACUGAAUCUCUCUGGUUGCUGGAAAGAGGAAUUGUUCAAGCUUGUACCUGGAAACACAGGAGUUUUCAAUGUCUGGACCCUGAAGAGGAAACAGAAGAUCUCAGAACUGCACAUCUUUCCACAGUGUGGCACCUCAGGUCCCAAAGGGCUCAGGGAAGCUGUGCAAGAAGGUCUGGACAUCCCUGGUGAUCACUGAUACUUGAGAGGCAGAAGUCUCCCCAUGGCUCCUUAUCACAUCAGACAGUUCCAGGACAGGGACCACAGAAGGGUCCUGGACUUGUUCUCCAGAGGCAUGGAGGAGCAUGUCCCUGCUGCCUUCUACCAUAUGCUGACACUGCCUCAUUCUCUCCUGCUCUUACCUGCGGUGCCCGUGACCAUAGUCCUAGUGUCUGGCUCUUGGCUCCUGGCCACAGUGUACAGUUUCCUCUUUCUCCUUUGCCUGCGGCUCAUUUUCUGGGUUUCUUGCAGAAAUUAUGUGGUUAAAUGUUUGCAGGCAGACCUGGCUGACAUCACCAAGUCUUACCUGAAUGCACAUGGCUCCUUCUGGGUGGCUGAGUCUGGGGGCCAGGUGGUGGGCAUAGUGGGUGCUCUGCCAGUCAAGGAUCCUCCAUCAGGGAGGAAGCAGCUGCAGCUCUUUCGCCUGUCUGUGUCCUCACAGAAUCGAGGACAGGGGAUAGCGAAAGCACUGGUCAGAACUGUGCUCCAGUUUGCACGGGGCCAGGGCUACACAGAUGUUGUCCUUGUGACUGGCAAUAUGCAGUAUAGCGCUAUGUCUCUGUACCAGGGCAUGGGCUUCCAGAAGACAGGCCAUUACUUUGUCAGCAUAACCAAGAGGUUAAUGGGUCUUUCUAUCUUUCAUUUCACCUACUCUCUCCCUUCUGUCUGGGAACCAAGGAUGUGAUCUUUUUUCCUUUGUCUAGAGGGCUCCAGUUCACUCUGCUUUAGGAACAAGCCAACCCUGGCAGUUCAUUUACCAAGACCAAGGCUCCCUUUCCAUCCCUUUCAGAUGCAGCAGUGCUGGUGGUGACCUCUGGGUGUUGGCCUCCUGCUCCAUUCUGCCUUUUUAAGGGUCUUUCUUUCAUCUUUCUAGUGCUGUGAUAAGAGAGCACGAAACCCAGCCGAGUGGACCCUGCACACAUUCACUAGGAGUCCGUUAGCUAUCAGCAACUUUGGCGAGCUGAAGUUCCAGCUCAGACAGGAUUCAGGAUCUUUGCACGCAAGAUAAGUGAACUCAAAACAAAGGCUUUCCUCACACACACAGGCGUGGGUUAUUGAAAAUUCUACGACUCAUGUAGAAAUGGAGUCUCCAUGGUAGAGGUGCACCACAGUCAUAGGUCAGGGUGGGCGCCCCUCGAGAGCUAGAGCAAGGAAGUGUGUAACUUACUCCUAAGUCACCCUUGUGCAGAGGCAGGAAAGGGACCUCUGAUGCAGUGGGAAUAGCUUUGAACAGCCUCUCCUGGGUGCUUAUUUGGUCCCAGUCUCAUGGGAAAGUCCAACUAUAUGGUUGCAGAGCAUGAAAGCUUCUUGGGGAUCCAGGAAGAUGAUAUGGGGUCAGGAAGUCUCAUGAAUAUUGCCCUGGAGAAAAACCCCAGGACCAAUUGGUACUUGCUUGGGUUGGAGAGCAGUAGGCAUCCAGUGCUCCUGGUUACCCUCUGUAAAAAGUUAAAAUGGUCAUUCAGGAGUUAGAACAGCACUGUAGAGUGGAGAAAAGUCUCAGAACUAAUGAGGGGGUUGGGUGGAUAAUAUGAUCUUGUGUGUAGUCUCCUGUAUCUGUUUGGUCUGAACUGAAGCAUCUUCGUGUUGAGGGAUGACUGAGGAUCAGCAGACCCAGGAGAGGGCCCCUCUCUAAAGUCACCCAGGCAGAGUGAAGCCUGUUAGGAACCCCAGUGUUGUAGAUUGUGUGAGACGUUACCUCUGCAAUGGUAAUACUGCCUGCACGACCCACGCCCCCAUCAGUAAUCCCUCAUCUGAGUCCCUGUAGCUCCAAUAAAAUGUUUCA